AUGGCUACCGAUAUUAUCCAGGCACACGAUGCCUCGUCUCCAUCGAGCUAUGGCCGCGACAGCAAGACGCCAGUUCAGACGGUACUUGAGGAUAGCGGCUAUGUCGACCCAAAAGAAGAAAGGGCGUUUGUCUGGAGACUUGAUCUUGGUUUCUUGGUCAUCGGGUUCCUGGGAUACAUGUUCAAGUACAUUGACCAGACCAAUAUUAGCAAUGCCUAUGUGUCGGGCAUGAAGGAGGAUCUUUCCCUCUACGGCAACGAGCUCAACUUUUUUACCACUUAUUUCAAUAUCGGUUACAUCAUAAUGCUUUGGCCGUCUUGCAUUAUUAUCUCGCAUAUUGGCCCUUCAAAGUGGCUGCCAGCCUGUGAGGUGCGGAAGAAGACACCAAUCAUGCCGUUGUCCAUGGACUCUUCUAACAUUCGAGCAGGUUAUUUGGGGAAUGUCUAUGGCCUUCGGUUCCUCAUUGGCUUCUUCGAGGGAACUACCUGGCCUGCGUACUUCACCAUGAUCAGCCAAUGGUAUCUCCCACACGAGGUAGCUCUACGGAUGAGUCUAUACAAUAUCGCUCAACCCGCUGGUGCCAUGAUCUCUGGCGCCAUGCAGGGAGGAUUGUCAACCAAUAUGGAGGGCGUUCUGGGCCGUGCGGGAUGGCGAUGGGCCUUUAUCAUCAAUGGAGUCUGCACGAUUGCUGUGGCUUUAGUGGCCUUUUUCCUGCUCCCGGGAUACCCCGAGAGCCCAAAUCGUCUUGCAAAGUUCUAUCUUAAGCCUCGUCACAUCGAAAUCGCCCUUGCCCGUGCUCGUCGAGUCAACCGAAAGCCUCAGAUAGGCAUUACCCCAAAGACCUUUUUGCGAUGCUUCACGUUCUGGCAACUGUGGGCGAUCGGAAUUGCGUGGCCCAUUGGUGGCAAUUUCACUCCAUCCAACUACUACAACCUCUGGCUGAAGUCUCUCAAGAACCCUGACGGGACUAAGAAAUAUACUGUUGCGAUGCUGAACUAUCUGCCAAUUAUUGGACAAGCGGCCCAACUGGCUGCUGAGGUCAUUUAUAGCAGUGCGAGCGAUUACUUUGGCAAGCGUCUACCAUUCUUGCUCGUACAUUCUACUGUCAAUAUUACGUCCCUGGCUAUUCUCAUCGUCCGGCCCAAGAACGAACAACUGUACAUGGCUGGCUGGUACAUGAAUUACACAGGAGCGGUGUCGAUGAUGCUGCUAUGUUCCUGGGCCUCGGAGAACCUGCCCCACGAACCUCAAGUCCGAACAGUGCUCUUCGCAUCUGGAACUCUGUUUGCCUAUCUCCUCAGCGCUUUUGUGCCUCUUGCAGCUUAUCCUGCAUCUGAGGCACCAAACUGGCGCAUCGGUGCCAAACUUUACGUUGGGUUUGCCACCUUCGCCGUCUUCCUAUACAUCGCCAUUUACUUUGGCUUCAGGUGGGAGAAGAAGCGAGCCAAGAAACAAGGCCAGCUGACAACUGGUACAACCAAGGAUGAUGCUGAGCCUGGAUCCGAGUAA